GCAGGCGGAAGCAGGCAGGGUGCAGGCUAAUAAGUUCCCGGAAAGAAGAAAUUCAUGCGUUAUCUUUAUGGUGAACUAAAAAUCGUGGAAUAAAAAUGGCAAAUGUUGCUUCCGACAAUGUUCCUGUUGAUGAAAUUAACAAUCUUCUUACUUGUUCCUUGUGCUCAAAAUUGUUACAUGAUUCAAGAAGCUUGACUUGUCUUCAUAACUUCUGCCGAGGAUGUCUAUUAAAGUAUGUUGAACGCCUCAGUGGUGGUGAGGAGAACGUCGAGAUAUUUCCAUGUCCUACGUGUCGCUCAGAGUUUACGCUCAAAUCAACCCAAGAUAUCGCUGAGAUGCCAGACAAUUGUUUCAUCCAGAACAUGUUAGAAAUUAAAGAGAUCCAAGAAAAAGCAAAAGAGUCUGCUGCAUGUUCGCACUGCCAAGAUCCUGCCAUUAGUCACUGCGCAUCAUGUGAGAUUUUUAUGUGUGAGAAAUGUUCAGCGUCUCAUGGAAGAUGGUUGAAAAACCAUGAUGUACUAUCAGUAGAUGAACUGGGCAAUCCCGAAAGUCAAUUACGAAUAAGGAAGAAGGUUUAUUGCAGGAAACACCAAGACAAAAUUCUCGAGUAUUAUUGCGAAACUUGCAAGGAGCUUUGCUGUAUACACUGCUUGGUUUUAAAUCAUCAGAAACAAAACCAUUCAUGUGUAGCAGUAAGUGAAAUUACAAAUGAGCGAAAGGAAACAUUGCAAUCAAGCUGCACAACACUUGAUGAGAAAUUAUCUGAAGGAAAAGUAGCUUUGAGUAACAUCGACGAUGCGCUGAAGUCUCUUAACAAAAAUGCUAAAGCUACAAAAGAUCAAAUCAAAGUACAAAAGGAAAAUAUCUUAAAGAUUGUGACGGAGAAACUUGAUGAGAGAGCAAAGGAAAUGAACGAGGAAUUGGAUGAGGUUUAUGAUGAAUUACACAGUGAGCUGAGCAAACAACGUGAUGAAAUUACGGAUUUUGUUGAUAAAGUCCAAUCUUCAGUAGCCUUGCCAAAAAACCUCCUAAAGAGAGGAAGUAUUGAAGAAAUUCUCUCCUUACAAAAGAGGAUUGAUGAAAGUAUUGAGAAGUUGAAAAAUGCACAACCAGAGGAUCUGACCCCAGUAAAUGAUGGUGAUAUUCAGUAUUUACCUGAUGAUAUUGGAAACGUCAAUGUCGAUGGCAUUGUUGGGAAUUUGGGAUUGUUAAAACGAAUGUCCUCUAGUAUUUUGGAUCGAGAGAUUGCUCUGAUGAAACAAUUACAAAAAUGGUUAGGAGAGAAAUGUAAAUGGAAUCUUUGUUAUCGUGCUUCCAUAGACGGUUGGAGUAGCCAAGAUUUUCAUAGACAUUGUGACAAUAAAGGGCCGACAGUAGUAUUAGUGAAAGCUGAUGAUUAUAUCUUUGGUGGAUACACUGACCAAAACUGGGAUACAAGUUGUGCUUAUAAAUAUUCCAGUUCUUCGUUUAUUUUCUCACUCCGAAAUAAAGACAAACUUCCUCCAUUUAUUGCCAACAUCAGGCAAGGUAUGGAAAGGUAUGCAAUCUACUGCCAAUCUUCUUUUGGACCACGCUUUGGUGGAGGUCAAGAUUGGUACACUUGUGACAACCCUCACGUGAAUCCAUCAUGCGGCAAUUUCGGACACACAUAUCAGCCUCCUCCUGGUUAUGUCUCUGGCAAUACACAGACAACGAGCCUUCUUGCUGGUCAGUACAGUUUUUUAACAACAGAAAUUGAAGUGUUCAACUAAAUAUUUUUGAGCGUCUCUUCUUGUUCUUGACAACGAUACUAAGUAAUAUUACGCGUGGUUUGAUCAUCAUUGACCUUAAAUAUCAAGUAUCUUUACAUUCAAGUAUCUUGUAAGAAUCUUGGCCUAUAUGAGUAUAUAGACACAAUGUGUGACCAUGACAAUAAAAUCACGUAAUGGUGAAUGAUUAAUAUCAGGGGCCCAAAACGGGAUAGUGCGCUAUCCAGGGCCGUCGCUGGAAGCUUAAUUGGGGAGUGUCAAAUAUUUAUGUUCGUGCAACCGUAGAAACAAUAGCAAACAAAGGAAAUCAGUCGGGUUACUCGGGUAUAAGACAAAUAUACGAUUAUGCACUCCUCCAAUUGAGCUUCUCGCGACGGCCCAGCAAAUUUGGGGGGAAAUGGAUCCCUACGUACUCAAAAUGUAUUCGGAGAACUACAAUUAAGCAGUUUAACUGGUUUAACAUAAGGCAAAAGUAACCGAGAACGCCAGCAGUUGUUUGAAACGAACGCGUUCUGCUCAAAUACACUCGAGUAAUGUGGUAUAUGCACACAAAGAAUCAUAUCCGGUAAACUGUAACGGUUAGUUUCCACUCUGGAAAAUUCUCCUUUGGAUCGGACAGGACAGGAAAGUUUCCUUUGUAUAAACGCCGCCUGAGAA